AUGGUCGAGAUAAGGCUGACAACGAAGUACACGAGCUGCGAAUUCCACCUGGAUUUUAACGAAGUCAAACUACCAGAUGAUGUGAAUAUACUAAAAGACUUAGAGAAGGAGGUAGAAAAUUCUAUUUACCAUUUAAAACGAUCAAAUGAUGAAAUUAAAAAGUUUGAUCCGGAAGGUGCAGAUCAGGAUCUCCUCAUGGCUCUGAAUGAGAAUAGAUUUUCUUUAUGUAGGAAGGAGGAACGGUUGCGAAUAAUUAAGGAUAAGAUACGUAUACUGGAUGGACCUGCUCCUGAUUCUGUGGGUCAAACAAAUAUGGUAGCUACCCCAGUAGUAUGCACAGGGGAGAUGAAUCAGCGCGAGGGAAUAGCUCAGACUCUUGCCAGUCAGAUGGGCGAUCAGUAUAUUAAUGAUUCGGAUGGAAACGGUGCGAAUGACGAAGAUGAUGCGAAUGGGAAGGUCUGUAGCGAGGUUCCUCCUGUAUUAGCGGAGGCAACAGAGGAAAAGAAGAAUUCUAUGCCCAAGCCCGGAACACUUGGGGGGGGAGGCAUUUACCUGUAG